AUGUCAAUCAGCCCAAAGGAAGUGGACGCAGUCGUUGUCGGUGGAGGAUUUGGCGGCAUACGCCUGGUCAGCCUUCUCCAGGACCGACUUCAGUUUCAAAAUGUCGUCGAAUCGAGAAAGUAUCCUGGCGCUCAGACUGAUACCGAGAGCUGGGUCUAUCGCUUCUCCGAUGACCGUGAUCCCCCUAGAUGGGACACGCGAUAUCUGAAAGCCGAGGAUCUCCAGGAGCAGAUCAUUGAUACGGCCAAGAAGUCCAACGUCUUGAAGAGCUACAACUUCGAGAACGAAGUCGUCUCGGCACACUACGGCGCGAGGAGCAACCGCUGGCUCGUUACAACCGACAAAGGACUGCAGUUUUCUGCGACCUAUUUUCUCACCGCUCUUGGGAUUCUCACUAAUCCCUACAUCCCGGAUUUCCCCGCGCUGGACUCCUUUAAGGGCCUCUCCUUUCACUCUGCUAGGUGGCCCAAAGGUCUCGACGUCACGGGAAAGCGUGUCGCCGUGAUUGGCACUGGACCGUCGGGAAGCCAGAUUACCGGAAGUAUCCAUCACCUCGUGAAGCAUAUUACAGUCUUCCAGCAGCGAGCACAAUACAUCGUCCCUGUCAAUGAUCGACCGGUGACCGAGGACGAGAAGAAGGAGAUCUAUGAGAACUACGAUAAGAUCUGGGACACCGUGUUGAACUCGCUUUUUGCCAUGGGCUUUGUUGAGAGUAAGAAAUCGGCGCUGGAAGUGUCAGAGGAAGAGCGCAAGGAGGUGUAUGAACGCAUCUGGAACAAAGGAGGCGGCUUCCGUUUCUUCUUCGAGACCUUCAACGACCUUGGAACAAAUGUGGAUGCGAACGAGACUGCCGCGGCGUUUGUUCGAGAAAAAAUUGCUCAGAUCGUCAAAGACCCCGAGACGGCAAAGCUACUCCAGCCCAAGGGGCAUUACGGCGGGCGCCCCCUUUGCACGCAAGGGUAUUAUGAAGCGUUCAACGAACCUAACGUCUCCCUUAUUGACAUCUCUAACAAUCCCAUCGCCAAAAUCACCCCUACUGGGUUGGAAUUGCGAGACGGCAAGACCUUCGAAUUCGACAUCAUUGUGUAUGCGACUGGCUUCGACGGAGUCGACGGCGCCUAUCACAACAUUGACAUCACGGGACGCAACGGACUCAAGCUGGCAGAAGCGUGGAAAGGGGGAGCCAAUGCUCUGUAUGGCGUCAGCGUGUCCGAGUUCCCCAACUUCUUCACCGUAACAGGACCUGGGGGACCCUUCGCGAACAUGCUCCCAUCAAUCGAGCUGCAGGGGAAUUUCAUCAUCAAGCUCAUACAAGAAGCAAACAAGAGAGGGGAUAAGACUGUCGAGGCGGACGCCAAAGCCCAGGCGGAGUGGGCUCAAACCGUGCAGCAGAUCUCCAAGGCGACCGUCUUUGACAAAGUCAAAUCAUGGAUCCAGAACGAUAACGUCGAAGGCAAGAAGAAAUACAGCGCCUUCUUCCUGGCCGGUCUGCAGAAUUAUAUUGCCAAAUUGGCCGACGAGACCGAGGCGAAGUAUCCAUCGUUUGUGUUUGCGAAGUGA